ACGAGCGUUCAUCUCUUUUUGGAAUCUAUUGCAGGCACCGCGUGGUGUUUUUGCUGCUGAUUCUCAUUUAUUUUCCUUUUAAUUGCGUGGAAAAUAAAUAUAAUUCUGCCAAAAUGAGUUUGUACAACUUUAAAAAGAUAAUGGUGGUUCCGCCAGCAAAGGACUUUAUCGACAUUAUGCUGUCGAAGACACAGCGAAAGACGCCAACAGUCGUGCACAAGGGAUACAAAAUAUCACGAAUUCGUGCAUUUUACACGCGCAAAGUGAAGUACACUCAACAGAACUUCCAUGAUCGUCUGUCGCAGAUCAUACAGGACUUUCCCAAACUGGAUGACGUGCAUCCAUUCUAUGCAGAUUUAAUGAAUGUCCUCUACGACAAAGAUCAUUACAAGCUUGCGCUAGGUCAACUAAACACAGCCAGGCAUUUGGUGGACAACGUUGCCAAGGAUUAUGUGCGUCUGCUUAAAUACGGAGAUUCGCUGUACCGGUGCAAGCAGCUUAAAAAGGCCGCCUUGGGUCGUAUGGCCACAAUCAUGAAGCGCCAGGCGUCCAACUUGACAUAUCUGGAGCAGGUCCGUCAGCAUUUGUCGCGUCUGCCGACUAUCGAUCCCUACUCACGCACCAUUAUCAUCUGUGGAUUCCCCAACGUGGGCAAGUCUUCGUUCAUCAACAAAAUCACACGUGCCGAUGUCGAGGUGCAGCCGUAUGCUUUCACCACCAAGUCACUCUACGUGGGACACACAGACUACAAAUAUCUUCGCUGGCAGGUGAUUGACACACCCGGUAUUCUCGAUCAUCCUCUCGAGGAGCGCAAUGUCAUCGAAAUGCAGGCCAUUACCGCUCUGGCACAUUUACGUGCUUGUGUGCUGUAUUUCAUGGACAUUUCCGAGCAGUGUGGUCACUCAUUGGAGGAGCAGAUUCAACUGUUCGAGAGCAUUAAGCCGCUGUUCACCAACAAGCCAUUGAUACUGGCCAUCAACAAAAUUGACAUACUAACGUUGGAGGAUAUGCCUCCAGAGCGACAGGCAAUAAUCACCAAACUGCAAGAGGACAAACAGGUGCCCGUUAUGUUCAUGUCGACAGUACAGGAAACUGGAGUUAUGGAGGUUAAAACCGAGGCCUGCGAACGCUUGCUCUCGUAUCGCGUGGAUCAAAAGAUGCGCACCAAGAAGGUGGACAACAUACUUAAUCGUCUGCAUGUUGCAAUGCCAGCUCCACGCGACGAGAAGGUUAGGGCUCCAUGUAUUCCAGCUCAAGCGUUGGCGCGCCUUGAACAGAACGCAUCCAAGGCUGAACGUAAGCGUAAGUUGGAGAAGGAGAUCGAGGAGGAAAUGGGCGAUGACUACACGCUGGAUCUGAAGAAGAACUAUGAAGAAAUACCCGAGGACGAGCGUUACGAUGUGAUACCGGAGUUCUUGGAGGGUCGCAACAUUGCCGAUUAUAUCGAUGCUGAUAUAUUCGAGAAGCUGGAGGAACUGGAACGCGAAGAAGGUCUGCGCGAGUCCGGAGGCGUUUACACUGUGCCUGACAUGUCUAUGGAUGAGACGCUUAAAGAAAUUCGCGAAAUGGCCAAACAGAUCCGCGGCAAACGUUUCGAAUUGCGCGACGAGAAGCGCCUCUCCCACAGAAAGAAUAAGCCCAUCAUUCCGCGCAACAAACAGCCCAAGGUGCGUGAUCGUUCGGUCAACAAACUUGUGGAGACCAUGGAGGGUCUUGGCGUCGACAUGUCUGGCAACGAGAAGGCCAACUUCACCAAAUCGGUUGUCGACCUUCGUAGAGGCACUGUUGCCGUUGGAGGCAAGACACCUAAGGUGCCGUUGCUUGACAAAGAAUCUUCAGCGGUUGUCAAGAAGACCGGCAAGCCACUGAAGCGUGCACCAUCUCGCGAUACCCUUGGCAUCAAGGACGUUGCCAUCAGAAAGAAGGCUCAAGUUAGAGCCAAACGCGACAUUGCCAAGAAGGUCACCCGACUGGGUCUCAAGGGCGAGGCGGAUCGCUUCAUUGGCACCAAGAUGCCCCGACAUUUGUAUUCCGGCAAGCGUGGCACGGGCAAGACCGAUCGCCGUUAAGUGCCUUAGUUUUACGAAUAGUUGUAUUACUAUAUUGCUGUAUAAAUGUAUCUGCAUCUUUCCUAACACCACCAUAAAUCAAAUACAAGUUGUAUUUAACAAAAUUUCAAA